AUGCUUAAAAAGUGAGGUGCAUUCCUAUCCCGGCUUCACUGUGUGCGACACUGAGAAAGUUGGGAACGCACUCAUGGGAACUUCACAAUACCAGUGUGGGAAUGAAUGAACGCAACAUUUUUUCAGCCACUGUAGUAGAAUAUAUAAUGUAUACAGAAAAACAUAUGAGCAGUUUGAUAGCAGGCUGCAUCACAGAAGCUUGAACGAAAGAUUCUGGAAGGUUCUGGUAAGUGGUCUGCUUUAGCAUUCCAGGAAGCGGCAGUUGGUUCAGAGUCACAAAUCCAUACGAGUAAGAAGGAAAGAUUUCCAGAUAUUUCCAUAAGACACUGAGGGCUAUUGAUUAGCCGUCAUGUCACCUUGCUUACUGCCACAGAGAUUUUGAACUGAAUCUAGCCAUCUCCCCCCAAAAAAGGUCUGGUAAGAAAUAGGCUCAAUGACACUUGGGCUAAAUACCUGGUUUUCAACAUAUCCACAUCCCAGGUUUUAUUUCCAGCAUCUCCGGGUAGGGCUGGACAUGUUUGAAACUGAAGAGCCACUGCCAAUCAGUAUAACCAAAACUAAACCAAAUAGACCAAUGACACCAGUAUACCUGAAGGAGUGUCUCCACCCCCAUCAUUCAGGGCAGACACUGAGGUCCAGCACUGAGGGCCUUCUGGCAGUUCCCUCACUGUGAGAACUGAGGUUGCAGGGAACCAGGCAGAGGGCCUUCUCGGUAGUAGCGCCUGCCCUGUGGAAUGCCCUCCCAGCAGAUGUCAAGGCAAUAAACAACUAUUUUGACUUUUAGAAGACAUCUGAAGGCAGACCUGUUUAGGGAAGUUUUUUAUGUUUUAUGUUUUAUCGUGUUUUUAACAUUCUGUUGAGAGCCGCCCAGUGUGGCUGGGGAAACCCAGCCAGAGGGACGGGGUAUAAAUAAAUUAUUAUUAUUAUUAUUAUUAUUAUUAUUAUUAUUUCUUAGAAAGUCUUAUAAGCUUCCUGUGUUCCUAUUUAUAGGACCCUGUUUGGACACAGGGUGUAUAGUAUGAAUUGAAUAUGACUGGAAUGCAAAGGCAACUUGAAUUUCAACUGUCACUGACCAGCUGAUGCUGCCAUCUCCUUACAUAUGUCUAAUAUGUAAACACAUAGGUGCCUCAUCCAGUACAGCUAGUAGCAACCUUUCCAGCACUGAAAUUUUUCAGGACAGGUCAGACUUGUAUUGCCUAGGGCCAAAGGCAUAAGGUGUUUCUAAAGGCCUCUCCAUCAGAAUUUAGGAUUUGGGAAAGAUUAUAUGGAAGGAGGCAAUCAUUUAGGCAGCCUGAACCCAAGUCAUUUGGUUAUCUAAAUAUAUAUAUAUGGGUUUUACUUGAAAGUAUUGUUACAUGAUUGCCGUCAUUUAAGAUGGGGUAAGUUGAAGAAUCUACAUGACCAUAAAUAAACAAAUAACGGGAUUUACUAGAUAUGAUUUUGAUUACAGAAAAUUAUGAACCACUUCUAUUAAUAAAUAAGCCCAUGACGGGGUGAGCUCCCGUUGCUUGGUCCCUGCUCCUGACAACCUAGCAGUUCAAAAGCACGUCAAAGUGCAAGUAGAUAAAUAGGUACCUCUCUGGCGGGAAGGUAAACGGCACUUCCGUGCGCUGCUCUGGUUUGCCAGAAGCGGCUUAGUCAUGUUGGCUACAUGACCCAGAAAAUGUACGCCGGCUCCCUCAGCCAAUAAAGCGAGAUGAGCACCACAACCCCAGAGCCGGUCACGACUGGACCUAAUGGUCAGGGGUCCCUUUACCUUUACCUUUUAAAGCAACUCAAGUAAAUCAACAGCAUACUUAAAAGGGAAAGGUAAGGGACCCCUGACAGUUAAGUCCAGUUGCAGACAACUCUGGGGUUGCGACACACAUCUCGCUUUACGGGCCAAGGGAGCCCGCGUUUGUCUGCAGACAGUUUUUCCGGGUCAUGUGGCAAGCAUCACUAAGCCACUUCUGAUGCAAUGGAACACCGACACCAGAGCAGCGCAUGGAAACGCUGUUUACCUUCCCGCCGGAGUGGUACCUAUUUAUCUACUUGCGCUUGACGUGCUUUCAAACUGCUAGGUGGGCAGGAGCAGGGACCGAGCAACGGGAGCUCACCCCAUCACAGGGAUUCGAACCGCGACCUUCUGAUCGGCAAGCCCAAGAGGCUCAGUGGUUUAGACCACAGCACCACCCACAUCCCCCAUAGCAUGCUUAAAACAGCUAAAAACAACCACAACAAUACUAAAUGUCUGACCAAUUAAGCUACAGUUUAAAUAUAGCAUGGGGACAGUAACAAUGUUCAUAGUUAGAAGUUCUUAUAAAAAGAAACGACUUUGAUUGUAAGUGAAACAAGAGCAAAUCAUCCUGGGCAGGCAAGCUCAGCAGGUGGGAGAAGCCUGAUUCAUAUAUCCCAAUCAACCACCAGGAAAAGAGGACAGAAUGCAAAGUCUCUAUUCGUGAUCAGAGGAGGGAGAAAGAGAGGGGUGAGAGGAGGUGUUCUACAAAAUAUCUGUCUCUGUCUCCUGUUGCUCAGCUCCCUAGCAAAUACUGGUGACGCCAUUUUCACGCUCGUUCCUGGAGUGUCCAUCGCAAGAGUGUGAUGAGCACUGAAGACCUCAUGUUUGGUUCAGGAUCCAUCAUCCUCCACAGCUCCUCUGACAGAAAUGCCAGGCUCUGGACCCCAGAAGGAAAAUUGGUGCAGGGCCCUGCCCAUCCAAAGAGAUGGAGCCUGAAAAAACCAUCAAUAUAUGCCCAUUCCAGGUAAGUUUUCCUUUGCUACAGUUUCAAUCAUUUUCUCUUGCGGUGUGUCCAUAUCACUUCACAUUUCUUCCACUCUGUAGAGGUGUGUUGAGUACAAGGAUCUAAACAGCAGUCUUCCCACCUGGGAAUGUUGAGGGGCAAGGCUGGUCCUCAGUCAUGGACUGGAUAUUCAUGUGUUCAGUCAAAUACCUGAACAUGUCUGUCGCAAUGUCUGUGGUAUCCUGGCAGAAUCCUGUAGAGCAGCAUUCUUCCAUCUUGGCUUCCCAGAUUUUGCACUCCAGUUCCCAUCACCCUGACCAUUGGCUAAACUGGUUGGGGGUGCUGGGAGUUGUAGUCCAACAACAUCUGAGGAAGAACUGUGCUGUAGAGGAAUACCACGGCUAUGGAAUCAACAUAUUCUGCCCUCCACUGUGCCCCCAGAUGCCUACAAACACUACGCAAAUGUUAUGCAUGCUUGUGUAUCCAUAUUAGCAUGUAUGCAAAGCAUGUUUCAGCUGCAAACCCUUUCACUUUGUUCAAGUGUCUUGAAGAACUGCUCUGGAGCUGAUAAAGAAUACGUUGAAUCAAUACAUACUUGCAGACCCUGUGAUUAUUAUUUUUAUAGAGCAUUUAUGUAAAGAAUAUAUUCAUUAAGGCCAUAGAAUAUCCUUUUAAAGAGAACAAAUAAUGUACUAACCUACAUAACUAGGGGCAAAAUCAAUAUACAAAAUUAAUUUGACCCAGGCAGGCUAUCAAAAUGCUUUAUAGAGCUGACAUGAUUCAGACUUAUUGUGCCAAAGGUUUGACCCAGGUUUCAUAAGGUGCCUGGUUUAUCAUUUUGAGAGGGUGUCCUCUCUAUGAAAACAACCGAGGCUGUGUGUGCACCCGCAGUGUCAACAAAUGGAGCCCUUUCGUUCUAAGUCCUUUGUGUUCUUUCUCGCAAACUCAGUUGCAUCAAGGGAAAAUCGGCUCCAUAUGUUUACAAAGGAAAAGGUCAGUUUAAGGAAACGGUGCCAACAAAUGUGCUCUGAGAAGUUUGAAUUAAGUCCAUGAACAGACAUACAAAUAUGAUUUUCAUUCAGAGACACAGAGGACUCCAUGAAGUUUCCCCCCCUUUUCCCCCCUAGGAGGCCCCAUUUCCCCAAAGGUUUGCUGCUGUUACUCCUCCACAUGUUCUCCCUAGCAUGGAGAUAAGAGGGAGGUACAUCCAGCAAGGGACAAAACAAAACCCUUAUGGGUCCAUCUUUCCUGCAAGGAAGAGUUGAAUACACACCAUAUAUUUAAAGCAUAGCCCCACUUCCCAUCACAAGAAUCCUGGGAUAGUUUACCCCUCACAAAGCUACAGUUCCCAGCACCCUUGAGAAACUAUAAUUCCAGAGAUUCUUUGAGGGGAAAAUGUGUUUUAAAUGUAUGCAGUGUACCAUGGGUACGCAAACUAGGGCCCGGGGGCCAGAUCCGGCCCAGUCGCCUUCUAAAUCCGGUCCAGGAAUCAGCGUGUUUUUACAUGAGUAGAAUGUGUCCUUUUAUUUAAAAUGCACCUCUUGGUUAUUUGUGGGGCCUGCCUAGUGUUUUUACAUGAGUAGAAUGUGUGCUUUUAUUUAAAAUGCAUCUCUGGGUUAUUUGUGGGGCAUAGGAAUUCAUUCAUUUUUCCCUCUUCAAAAUAUAGUCCGGCCCACCACAUGGUCUGAGGGACAGUGGACCGGCCCCCUGCUGAAAAAGUUUGCUGACCCCUGCUGUGUACGCAGGGGAAUAGCAAACUGUGAGGUGGAAUCCUUUGCGUUUCAGCUGAAACGACCUCCCACUGAAGGGGCCACAAAACACUGCAUUGCCUAUAACGGUUGUACAGGAUAUAUAAAAAUAGACUGCGCUGUUACCAAAGCCAUUGGCAAAUUUUAUAGCACAACCUUUGAAAAUCAUCAGGUUUUCAAGUUAAUGUUGCCACUAAAAGAGGCCGUUUUAGGAUAGCUUGACUGGUUCAGCCACACUGGGCACCACACUGCAGCUCAAAGUCCGCCACUGUUAGCAGCCAGGUUGUGUAAAUUCUUUGUUCAGGAAAGCAGGUCAAGCAUGUGUUGUACCACGCAUGCUGUGCCCACAAGAAACAAAUGGAGCUUUUUCCGUGGGCUCAGUAGGCAGACAGCACAUUAAGGUUUUUUUAUUUAUUUAAAAAAACAUUUAAAAAACACAUAUAAAGUUGAAUACUAACUGCACAGCUCAUAGAUAUAUAUAUUUUAAAAAACAAACAAACACUGAGACAAUGUUCUAUAUCUAACUGUGGGUUGUUUACGCACAAAGAGGCGUUCUGCGUUCUGCAGUGGGUUUUGAUCCUGACAUUUAAGUGAUGAACCUUGAGGUCAAGAGGAUUCAACAAAUCCCAAACAGCAAAAUCUGAAAAAUUCUCAACCUUUUGUAAACUUGCAUUUCGGCUCUGAACGUGCUGCUGACUGUGGGACCUGGAACUCCGCGUGCAGCAGCUGAGGAGAUUUCUCUGACAGUGAGAGCGCUUCCAAGCUGGCAACCUUGCAGAAAGCAAAUUUACAGCACUACCUCAAGAGCACAGCCUAGCCAGGGAUCCCACAGACAUCCUGCUCCCAAGGCAGUUGUUUUGGGGUUGCUUUUAUGUACAAAAUGACCCUGCAGUGCUUCCCCUCCCCAAGUUCUUGUUCCAAACUGGCAUUUAAAUGCGUUGCUCUCUCUGCCAUUUUGCUCAAGAAAAGCACUGGAGGGCUUCCCAGGAAUAAGAAAAGCAGACACAUAGUGGUACGGUGAUCUUACUACCCUGGCAUUUCCCUCUUAACUGUAUGUCCUGUAGCAUAGUUUUAUCUGCGGGUGAACUUUGCCAAGUCACGUAGGCUCUGCACUUCAGGAGAGGUUAUUAUUUAUGCUCCUAACUGAUGCACACAUUUCUGAAGAGGAUUUAAGUGACCUCAAACCACCUGCCCCCACCUGCCUGCAGUGUGAGAAACUCAAGAUAUAUAAGCUACACACCAAAUGGGUUUACGGUCGCCAAAACAGAACGUCUAGUUGCCAUUUGGGGGCCAGAUGACUUGAAAGUUGCAUUUUUCAAUACAGCUUUUGGGUUCCUGGAAUUCGUUCUGGUUGUGCAGAUAAAAUAUCAUGGCCAGAAUUCUAGAGGAUGUGUUGUUAGUGUGUGAAAACAGUCAAGAUCCAAGAAUCCCCAGGCAUGCGCCUCCAGACGGUGGAGACGUCAGGUGGCAUCCUGACACCAGGGCAUCUUCACUUGGUCGCAAGUGGCUGAUAGGUAAAGGUAAAGGGACCCCUGACCAUCAGGUCCAGUCGUGGCCGACUCUGGGGUUGUGGCGCUCAUCUUGCUUUAUUGGCCGAGGGAGCCGGCAUACAGCUUCCGGGUCAUGUGGCCAGCAUUACUAAGCCACUUCUGGCGAACCAGAGCAGCGCACGGAAACGCUGUUUACCUUCCCGCCGGAGCGGUACCUAUUUAUCUACUUGCACUUUGACAUGCUUUCGAACUGCUAGGUUGGCAGGAGAAGUGGCUGAUAGCCAGGUGCAAAAUGUGCCUGCCGAAUUUUGAACGCUGCCUGCCUGCCUUCUUUUUUACAUCUAGUCCAGAGUGGUGGUGGCGGUGGCACUGCCUGUUGGUUUAAAUUUCUCCCCUAGUGAUGCAUAUGGUGGGGCAGAACCACUGAGCCACCCUCUUGACAGUGGUGCUGCUGCUGCUUGCACAGAGAGAGCAAGGCAGGGCAGUGGUGAGGUUGGGGACUCUCGCCAGUGCACCUGACCUCACCCCUGCCCCAACCAGGUAAACAGCAGCAAUGCCCAUGUCCAGGAGGCCAGUAACUGUGCAGCCCUCUGCCCCGCUGCUGCCCCUGUGUCAUAUGCCAAUGAAAACCCUGCCCCCGAUGCUGCUAUUGCCUGCAUUGGAAAUAUAAAGGCAUAGCCUAUGUGCUGCUGUGUGUGGUUUGCUCUACAUCAAGGCAAAUAGCUUGAAAUGAAUUUUUUAUUGGUUAAGUGAUGUGAGGAAAAGAGUUAGCAUCUCUUCCCCCUGCCCCCGGCCGCUUGUGUAGUGCUGUGGUCCCAAUCUGGAUCAGGCCUUCUUGCGACUGCUGUCUGUGGACACUGAAAGAGAUGGAGAUGUAUUCACACACACCUCAGGUAUGCAUUUCUCAUUCAUCAUUUCAAAGCCUCCUCCAAGCAUUGGAGAACCUUGAAGCAUCUCUGUAAAGCAGGAGGUGUAUUAGAUUUGCACGCCAUCUAUCUAAAGUGUCACCUAACAUGUCACCUACCUGACAACUGCACAUGUAAUCUAGCUAACAUUUCAUGCUGCAGAGAUCCCAGCGUUCCUCUAGCCUGAAGAGCAGUCUGUUUAAAUUUAUGAUCAUUAUAAAUCCCAGUGUUCCAUAUGCCCCUGUAUGACUUCUCUAUAACACGCCCCAUAAGGUUGGCCAUUGUUAUUCCCAUUUAAUGGGUUGAUAAUUGAGGCUGGAAAAUCGUGACUUGUCCAAAGUUAUCAAGUGACUCUGUAAUUGAACUGGGAUUUGAUCUCAAGUCUCCGAAGUCCAGUGCAUUUAUCAACUGGCCCACAAGCUUCUCCCUGCAGAAUAUUUUACACUGAAAACAACUGCAAUUAGUUAUAACGUGAAAGCUAUUUCUUCUGCAGUCUUCCUCAUUAUCAAGUCUGGGCUGUGGGGGAUAAAUGAAUUUGUUAAACACACACACACACACACACACACACACACACACAGUGUGACACUUUUAUACUAUGGCAGUAGGUGUAGCUGGGUAUGUUCCAUAUAUACAUAGGAUCCUUAUUUGCUAUGCUCCAAAAUCUGAAUUUAACUUUUUUAGAAAGCAAUUAUUAUGUAGUAGCUAUUUAUAGAAGUGUGUGCACAGCGCUGAUGACAGCAUUGAAAUAAGAGGGCGGAACGUCAGAAAUUACUCUUUAGUCGAAAUGCAAACUCACCUUAGCCUCUUGGGAUUUGCAGGUAAGGAAGAGUGCUCUUGUGCUAAGGUCCUGCUUGCAGGUUUUCCACAGGCAUCUGGUUGGCCACUGUGAGAAGAGGCUGCUGGACCAGAUAGGCCUUUGUUCUGAUCCAGCAGGACUCUGCUUAUGCCCUCCAGAUCUGUGCUUCCAUGCAUGGACCUCCAUCUCUCUGACACACUGUGAAUGCACUCUGUGGCAUACCCACUUGGCCCUUGUGGCUCCGCAAUGCAGGGGCAGGGGCAUAAACACAGCCCAACCAUCCGCCUGGUGAAUAACUGGCCACCAUUAAGCGUCUCUUCAUUAAGGAACGCCAGGUAUAAUACUUGUACGAAAUCCCUACAAGGGUACCUGACAACACUACUUGCAAGUGAGUCGUACAGUCGUACACAUUUACACAUACUUUUUUUAAAAUGUGCAGUUAUUUUUAAAUUGCUUAUUUUAUUUUUAUAUUUUGGUUAAAUGUUCUCUCAGCUCAUGUUCUGCGUUGGCUUUCAUUAAUCUUUUGAAUGACUGUAUGAGAUGUGUUCUUUGUAAAUGGCAAAGCAAGCGUAAAUACAAAAUGUAGACAUUUAAGUAAACAAUAUUUUGUUUGUUUGUUUGUUUACAUGAAACGGGAUAUAAGCAUAAGUAUAUAUGUGUAUAUACACACACACAUAAGUAUAUAUAUGUGUAUACACACACACACACAUAUAUAUCACACAUAUAUAUGUGUGUGUGAAGCUAAAGGUACCCCUGACCAUUAGGUCCCAUCGCGGACGACUCUGGGAUGCGGUGCUCUUCUCACUCUAUAGACCGAGGGAGCCGCCGUUUGUCCGCAGACAGCUUCUGGGUCAUGUGUCCAGCAUGACUAAGCUGCUUCUGGCGAACCAGAGCAGCGCACGGAAACACUGUUUACCUUCCCGCCAGAGCAGUACCGAUUUAUCUACUUGCGCUUGACGUGCUUUCGAACUGCUAGGUGGGCAGGAGCUGCGACUGAGCAACGGGAGCUCACCCCAUCGCAGGGACUCGAACUGCCGACCUUCUGAUUGGCAAGCCCUAGGCUCUGUGGUUUAGACCACAGCGCCACCCAUGUCCCUAUAUGUUUGUGUGUGUGUGUGUGUGUGUGUGUGUGUAUAAAACACAUUAAAUAAAUCCCUGCCCCCUUUGGAUUAGAAACCCAUGGAGUCACAUCCGAGGCGAGAGAAAAGAGAAUAAAAAGAAAAGGGCUUUUGCCGUGCUGCCGAUCCUUGAGGAGGGACAACUCUUCAGUGUAAAUGAACCUCUCAAAAGUACAGAGCAAGAGACCCUUGAGCCAGCACAGCAUGGGAGCAGCAGCGGGGAUGCGGCGAAGGACAGCAAACUGGAGGCCAAGGGGCAGCAGGAGCCAGGUAAGCAAGAGCUUGUUGUGCCUAGAAACUUCCUCACAGAACUGGCAUGUAUAGCUGCUGUAGGAGAAUAGUAAAGGACCCCUGGGUGGUUAAGUCCAGUCAAAGGCGACUAUGGGGUUGCGGCACUCGUCUCGCUUUUCUGGCUGAGGGAGCCGGCGUUUGUCCACAGACAGCUUUCUGGGUCAUGUGGCCAGCAUGACUAAACUGCUACUGGCGCAACGGAACACUGUGCUAAGUGCCAGAGCACACAGAAACACUGUUUAGCUUCCCACCGCAGUGGUACCUAUUUAUCUACUUGCACUGGCGUGCUUUUGAAUUGCUAGGUUGGCAGGAGCUGGGACAGAGCAACAGGAGCUCUGCUUGCAGCUGUUAUAGUAACGUGCAGAAAGGUGAGGUCCCUUCCAACUCUACAAUUCUAUGAGAGAAAGAGGGAUCACUCAUGCCCGACCUCCACACUUUUGUUAUCAGGUAUGAAAGAUUCCUCCUCUGUUGCCCAUUGCAUGGAGAGAUGUGCAGCCUGCCACCUUGCCCCAACAGGGUUUUCUUUGGGAAAACCCACUCUUUAACGCUGAAUCAGAACAAAUGGCAAUUCAGGUUUUUGCAAGAUUGUCGUUUUCUCUGACCCAGCAGUAAAGAGCAGGUUUUCACAGGGAAAGAAGAAGACGAAGAAGAGUUUGGAUUUGAUAUCCUGCUUUAUCACUACCUGAAGGAGUCUCAAAGUGGCUAACAUUCUCCUUUCCCUUCCUCCCCCACAACAAACACUCUGUGAGGUGUGUGGGGCUGACAGACUUCAGAGAAGUGUGACUAGCCCAAGGUCACCCAGCAGCUGCAUGUGGAGGAGCGGGGCACAAACCUGGUUCACUAGAUUAUGAGACUACCGCUCUUAACCACUACACCACACUGAUGCCUGGGCAAAAGAGAAAAAGCACCCAGACAAUUAGUAGAGCAUGAGACUCUUAAUCUCAGGGUUGUGGGUUCAAGUCCCACAUUGGGCAAAAGGAUUCCUGCAUUGCAGGGGGUUGGACCAGAUCAGGGUUUCCCAAACUUGGGUCUACAGCUGAUUUUGGACUACAACUCCCAUCAUCCCUAGCUAGCAGGACCAGUGGUCAGGGAUGAUGGGGACUGUAGUCCCAAAACAGCUGGGGACCCAGGUUUGGGGAACCCUGGACUAGAUGAUCCUCGUAGUCCCUUCCAACUCUUCAAUUCUGUGCUUCUAUGGACCUUCACUUAGAAAUGUGGGGCAAAUAUAAGUGUGGGUGAGCCCUCAGUUUCCAUUUCCCAUGUAGCACUACAAAACAUGCACCAUGGCAUCAUCAUGCCUUGAGUCUCCCUGUCCCCGGUAAGCAGUAGCCAAUGGCAUGGGGCGUUACAAAUGAAGGGGAGAGAAGAUGGCGAAGGAGCUGCUGCUUUCAGCGGUAACUCUCCAUAACACACAGUCUCCACCACAUGCAGACAAGCUAAUCAAAUUCCAGAAGGAAAAUUGUCUUAGGCACAAAUAAUAAUAAUAGAAAAAACCAGCCAACUCCCAGUGGGUUGUUCAGUUUGUUCCACCAGAGAACAGUCUGCUGGCAUAGUUUUUUAAAAAACAACAACAGCAACCCAGGAAGUCACAGUUCCCAAAGCCUUUGAGAGAAAGGAAUUCAGAGUCUCCGUCCAGAUCGCAAGUCCUUGUUCAUUCAGAACUCUCGUGGCAGCCAGCAGGCAAAUAUCUGAAAUAUUAGACAUAUGAAACGGUAGGAUUUCACACCAGGAUGGAGUUAGCAACAGAUGGUUCUAACAGGCAGACAGCCUCGUGCAACUGCCAAGCUAUUCAAUAGAUUGCAAAGGCCUGACAUAUUGCUAAGAAACAGACAGGGACCACACUGCAAGGAAUGCACAGCUGUAGAAAAGGAGGUGUUUGGGUUCGUUUUGUACAAUGCAGUCUCUGGAAUAUGAAUUUCAUAUAAGCCCCCAUGGCCAUGCAGUAUGAAAAUCCCGCUAAUAAUUAUCAUAAAUAAUACACACACACACACACACACACACACACACACACACAAAAUGAUUUUUCUCCUUUAUGCAUGCUGCCAAAUUCCUCUGGGCACAUACGAGCAAUAUAAUUAAACACCAAGGAAUAAAGGAACACUGCCUGGUGAAAUUCUUACCUGGGGAAUGCAGAGGAAGGAUAUACCUACUUGCAAUAAACUCAGCUCCUAGCCAUUAUCCAGACAGGGAGCUCUGCAAUUCUCAAAUGCUUGCAAGCCCCCUCCUGAGAGAAUGUGUAAAUUAGUUACACGGAUUCGCAUAAACACAUGUGAGUGUUUCUAGUUGUCCUAGUUAACUCAACACUCCCUGCAUCCUAUUCUUAAUCAUUUAAUGGGCUGAUGGAGAGGAUGCUGUACAAAAUCUUAAAAAAUACUUAUUAUUUUUCUUAAUUAAGAAUUGUUACAGGCAGUAGGCUCUGACCAUAACAUGCAUCUCCUCUUCUCUAGUCCUAACUAGUAUCUCAUGUGCCUCCUUAUCACACAGCUUGCCUUUCUUGGUCUUUGUGCUCCCACAAAUUAUAACUAAUAAGGCCACAUUUGCACUGUACAUUUAAAGCAGCAUCAUACCACUUUAAACAGUUCAUGGUCCGCCCUCCACGAAGAGCCCUGAUUUGUUCAGGUUGCAGAGAGCUACAAUUCCCAGAGUUCCCUGGGAAGAGGGAUUGACUGUUCAACCACUCUGUGAAUUGUAGCUUUGCAGGGGGAAUUGGGGUCUCUAAACAACUUUCCGCACCCUUAAGAAACUAUAGUUCCCGCGAUUCUUGGUGUGAAGCACGGCUGUUUAAAAAGCAGUAUGAAAUGCUUUGAAUGUAUGGUGCAUAUGGGGCCAUAAUGAGGACCGUGAACAGUGCCGAGCGCAUUCUGGAUAUGCUCUCACUAGGUCAUAAUGUUCUUGCUAUUAGUAUAGCCAGUGCUCAGCGUGAACAGGUGGAGUUCUUAGUGUGAGGGGAACUGAGUUCAGAGAGAUCUUGGUGAGAAUAGGGAAGAGUAAGGAAGGACGGUUGCCACGGAUGAUUGACAUGGAGUGAGCAGUUCAAAUAGGGGAGCUCACUUGAUUAACGUGGAAGUAUGGUUUUCCCCAUUCCCAAGAGGCAAUGCAGCAGCUUUAAACUUGUAAGCGCAAUGAAUGUAGUACAUAGGGAGAAACUGCCAUUGUAAAUACAAAUAAAGAGUUUGUGGGGGCCCGCUAGGCCAAAACAUUCCUCCCUUGUGAGUCUCCUGCUAUUGGCCAGUCUUAAAGUCACCGCUUAUCUGCCAUCCCAAGCAUUUUAAAGCACCAUCUCAGUGCUAGGCAACAGAGAGAAAAGCCUUUAAAAACCCCCAACCGAUUUCCAUGCCUUUACAUAAAAGCAGAAGCCAAGUUCCUCUAUCCACCUUCCGCCUAAUGAAACGUUGGCACUUUGUUGUUGUUGUUUAGUCGUUUAGUCAUGUCUGACUCUUCGUGACCCCAUGGACCAGAGCACACCAGGCACUCCUGUCUUCCACUGCCUCUCGCAGUUUGGUCAAACUCAUGCUGGGAGCUUCAAGAACACUAUCCAACCAUCUCGUCCUCUGUCGUCCCCUUCUCCUUGCGCCCUCCAUCUUUCCCAACAUUAGGGUCUUUUCCAGGGAGUCUUUUCUUCUCAUGAGGUGGCCAAAGUAUUGGAGCCUCAGCUUCAAGAUCUGUCCUUCCAGUGAGCACUCAGGGCUGAUUCCCUUAAGAAUGGAUAGGUUUGAUCUUCUUGCAGUCCAUGGGACUCUCAAGAGUCUCCUCCAGCAGCAGAAUUCAAAAGCAUCAAUUCUUCAGCGAUCAGCCUCCCUUAUGGUCCAGCUCUCACUUCCAUACAUCACUACUGGCACAGAUUGCCUUGAAUACUGUUUUCUGGGGCCAUGAGUCGCCUGUCUUUCUAUAUUUAAACACCUUUGUGAACGUGUGUGUUAAAACACAGAUUAGUGCUGCAUCCACACGGCUAUUUGGAUGGAUAUAUAGCAGGCCUUAUCUCAACAGUGAAAGGCAAAGUCUGUGCCAGCUGUUUAACAGGGAGGAAAAGCUAUGCUAUGCCCCUCCUUUGCACUGUGCAGUUCAAGACACUGUUAUCUGGAGAUUCUUCUGCCUUCUCAGCCAAGAGAGGCUGUAAUCCUGGGCAAUUACACUUAAUUCAAGUGCAAAGGCUAUUACUGGAAAAUUGGGAAGAGAGGCUGCUGCUCCUCAACAUUUGGGGUGGUGUUGUUUUUUGCAAAGGAAAUGAUUUAAAAGCAUUCAGACAAAAAUAUUCUUUGUUGUUUUUGCAAUGCUUAGUGUUCUUGAAAGUUAGAAGUCGGUCAUUUCUUCCUACUUUCAUGAAAACAAAAAAGCGGCUAGCUUUUAAGCCUGGGUUUGUGUGUUUUUUUGUUUGUUUUUCCGAAGAGAACCAUCAGGGGGAGAAAGUGUUGCGAGAGGAGUUUCUUAUAUCUGUUGGAUUAUUUUACUUUUAUACAAUUAUCGUUCUCGUUAAAAAUAAAAAUUGGGGCCAAAUAAAACAUCAUGCCCAUACUGCUAUUACUAGCACCAAGGGGAGGAGAUAUUCUCUACUUUUUCUGCUCUGCAAUUAAGAUGCAGUUUCAGCAGGAAGGCUAUUCGGAUCUUUUAAAGGGCGAAAGAGGAAAGGCUUGCUCUCUCUGUGUGUCAUCUUCAAGGCAGCCACGUGGGGCUGCUAAUUAGUAGUAGUUGUAGUAGCAGCAGUGGCGUAGCGUGGGGGGUGCAGGGGGGCCCAGCCGCAUCGGGCGCAACACCUGGGGGGCGCGCUCACACUCGCAGCUCUCUGCCCCUACCUGGCUCACUCACUCUCUCUCACUGCAGUGCUGGCUGUGCGAAUCCGAUCCGAGCCGCUGGGUCGCCGCCCACUGUGGAGGGGUGGGUGCCAGGCGUGCGGUGCGGAGAGAGAGCGAGGGACUAUCUGGGGGAGGGACAGUGCAGCGGCCGCCCAGCGCAGCGCUGAGCGCGGGAGAGAACCACACCAGACCAGACCAGGCAGCAGCAAGAAGAAGCUGGCAGCGGCGGCAGGUUAGGGGUUAGGGGGCGCAAAUUACUUGCCUUGCCCCGGGUUAGGGGGCGCAAAUUACUUGCCUUGCCCCGGGUGCUGACAACCCACGCUACGCCGCUGAGUAGCAGAAAUUGGCCUGUGAAAGAUUCUAGUCACACAUCUCUGGUGUCAGUUCUUGUUUGACCUUAAGCCUUGGAUGUGCAUAAGCAAAUUGAACAUUAAGGUAUGUAAGAUUUGAUCAAAUCCAAGUUUGCCCUGACCACCCCUUUCAGUCUGUCAGCCCUAACUUUAUUUUAUGCAGCUAUUUAGAUCAUUUUGCAGGCCGCCUGCUGUUAGCUCUCUGUCCUGGGGCUGGACCAGUUAGGGUGGGGAAGCUUAAGCAUUUUACUUUGUGGCCAUCAAUGCAAAACCCGCUGUGGUGAAAGGAUAACAAUUAAGAGAAGGAACUCAGCUCAAAACAACUAGCCUCAGUGCGUACGGAAAUCCAAACUCACUUAAGUAUAUAAACAGCUUUGCAGAGUCAAGAAUCCCUUAACAUAUACUUUAGAAACUGGAAAAGAUAUAUAAGUGGCAGGCAGUGGGUAAUUUAUGAAAUGUGUAACCUCAAGGUUUUUUGUCAUGAUAAACCAGCUGAGAUGUUUGUUGUUUACCAGGUUGUAGUGAACGGAGGGUUGCAACACCUCUGCCCUGAUAUCUUAUGAGGAUGGACUAUAAAUACAGUGGUACCUCAGGUGACAGACGCUUCAGGUUACAGACGCUUCAGGUUACAGACUCCACUAACCCAGAAAUAGUACCUCGGGUUAAGAACUUUGCUUCGAGAUGAGAACAGAAAUCGUGUGGCGGCGGGGUGGCGGCAGUGGGAGGCCCCAUUAGCUAAAGUGGUACCUCAGGUUAAGAACAGUUUCAGGUUAAGAACGGACCUCCAUAACGAAUUAAGUUCUUAACCCGAGGUACCACUGUACUUAUAUAAAGAGAUGCAAAUAAGUAAUUAAACAUUACUGUUUUGUAACUCGAAACAAUUGCAAAGGGCAUGUGAGUCUCUCAUAUUAUAAAAUGAAGGACAGAGUCUCCUCACCCUCCAGGAAAUCUGAGGAUGGAGAAAUACAAUUCAAGAAAACUGCCUGUUCUUAUUUGUCAGGCUUGAAAGGGGAGCCUGUGAUGACUCUCCAGCAGCUGUCUUGUCUCUCCAUGAAAUGUAGUCAGACAAGGCCGCCCACUCCCAUGUAAUGGGUUUAUGUUCCCCCCUAGUCUUCACUUUGCAGUUAGAACUUGGGCUGCCUGUUGGCUCUUCUUCCACCUUCCCCCACUUGCCAAGGCAAACUCAAUAGCUGCCUCCCACAACUGAGAGAAAGUACACCCUAUAAGAGUGCUUCCCCUGCUCAUUGGAGCCAAUAGUGUUGACAGGGAUGUUGCCUGGCCACAAUCUAGAAAGCUAGCUGAUCUAAUUCUGUAAUGAGACACCAACAAAAUGACCUCUACUGCAACAUCUAUGCAGUACUUCUUAAUCCGGCCUGCAGGAGCAGCUGUGAUGAGGAGUGUGAAAGUUUGUUCUUCCAGUUUUAAACAAGACACAGUUUCCUGUGUUGUCCAAGCUCAGAGAACAGUGGUUUGCUCAACUCAACAAAGUACAGUUUUCACCACUGGCAACUGUGUUUUUGUUUAAAACUGGAAAUGAAAGACUACAAUGUCUUCCCCCCCCCCAGCUGUAAAAGAUGAUGGAGCAUGCAAAUCUGAGGCUUGUGCAGACCCAUUUGUGGUAAUGGGAAACUGAGGCAUCUGAUCAAGGUCUGUAUUUUAAAAUGAGCUUAAAGAUAUAUUUGCAAAUGUUUGUAUGUUUCAUGCCAGGCAGAAACCAGCUGGCUAAGUACUUUGGCAGUUGUUUAUCUUCCUGCUCUCCUGAACAAGCCCCCCAUUUAUAGCAGUAGGAGACAAGUUUCUCAAAGUUGUAAAAGGGAAUUACAGGCUGGGAGCAAAUGUUACACUGACCCUACAUAUUACAGAAUACAAUCAAGCUGCAAAAACACUAAUUAAGAGUUGGUAAAUAGUAAGAUUUAUUGUUUAACAGAAAAUAGUACCAUGUGCCUCCCAUCAGACUCUAGCCAUAUUUUCCUAAGGUUUAAGGUAUACUGAGAGAGUUAAAGGGCAAUAAAUUUUGGGAAGAGCUAAUGGGAAAAGCAGCUGGCUGGGAAAGGGGGGUGUAAACUGAAGAGGCUUCUUUUGAAGCUGUUUUUACUGAGUUCCUUUUUACUUUGCAAAGGCCUUUUCUUCUGAAAAGCUAUCUAUGUUAUGUAUGAGAUUUGUUGGCUUAAUGUAAUUAUGCAAAGGAUUUAGAAAGUAAGAAAUGUUAGAUUCUUAUGUUAGAUUCUUAUUUCAUUGAUGGUGUGUGAGAAUGUGAACCCAAGAUCUCUGUUUAGAUAGAAUUUAAUACCAUGGGCCAUUUGUUUUAGCCAUUUGUUUUGGAAUGCAGGGGCAACAGGGGCAAAAGGUGAUCUGGUAAUUAAGGUGCCUUGUCGAGGCAAAUGUAAGAUAUAUGGCUACUUGUCUGCCAUUUAUGGAUAGAAGGAAAUAUAGCUCUUUGUCUCCCAUAAAAGGUAAUAGGAAAUGGGUGUAUCUUUUAUGAUUGGUUCUAGCAAACAGCCAAUAGGAAUUUCAACCAGGCUGAUUGGACAGAGGCAGCCAAAGGAGGAGCAAGGGGGCUGGGCUGAGGAAAUAUAAGUGCUGGCCAUCAGGGCUGGAGGGGAGCAGAGCUUUGGUAACCAUAUACCACUGUGGCUAUCAUUUAUUUGCCUGACAAAUAAAUUAUUAUUUUAAUUUCUCUAUUGCUGCGUUGAAUAUUUCAUUCCAGCUAAGCGUUAACCACAAGCAGGGUGCUACAAAACCUUGGUUUCCUGUUACAUCUGAACCAAGCCUAUGUCUCUGCUUAUGGUAAAUGAAGCCUGAUUCCUGACCCCCAUCCGAAAACAUAUGUAGUUUUGCAAGUGAAUGUUACUUACUGCUUGUAAGUUCAAUGGCUUAACGAAACAAACUGCCAAACGUGACAGGAACUAGGACGUUAUCUCAAUUGAAACUUUAGCAAAAAGCAGGCAUUCUCAGCUGCUAUUCAGAGGAAACAGUGAAAAAUAUCAUGGCAGAUAUUAAAUGAAGAGUGUUGUGAACUGUUGGUUUAUGAAGUCUAGACGGGUGGGAGGGUGUUACCUCUGCAUAGCCCAUUGUUUCAAACUCAUUUCAUAUCAGAAGCAUCUGAAAUGAGAAAUGAAAAGGGAGGAUAUCUAAUUCCCUUGUUCAAACAGAUACACUGCAUAAUUUUCUCUUUCAAAAUCCCAUCUUCAAACAUCGCCUUGGAGAUUAGCCGCUGCCUGUCUUUCACACAAAUCAUAACAUGAUUAAUCUAUUGACACUCAGUCUAUCUUUCGCCGUCAAUCACCUGCAUCUGCUUUUCUCUGAGAAAACAACCUGAAUGUUGUAAAAAUGCUCAUUCCUCUUGGAACAGAAUAUAUUUGCUGAGCAUCCUUGAAUAGUCAUUGGCCCAUUAUGGCAGGGACAAGGAAGGCAUUGUUGGACCACAGACCCAUCUACUCCAGCAUCCUAUUCUCACAGUGGCCAAGCAGGUGCCCGCAAGAAGCCUGGAAGUACUACAUGAACACAACAGUAUUCUUCCCCCCUCUUGAUCUCCAUCAACUGCUACAGAGAGACAUACCACUUCUGAUAAGUACAUAAUCAUCAUGAUUAGCAUUACAGAUAGCAUAAAUUUGUCUAAUGCCAUUUUAAAGCCAUCCAAGCUGGUGGAUCCAAGCUGGUGGAUAUCAUUAAUUACAUCUUUUGGUAGAGAAUCCCAUAAUUUUACUAGGAAGUUUAAUGUGAAUAAGUACUUACUUUGUCCUGAAUCUUUCAACAUUCAUCUUUGUUGGAUGGCCCCAGAUUCUAUUGUUAGGAGAGAGUGUUUUUGUACAUAGCAUGCGUAAUUAUAAACUGUAGCAUUUUCAUUUUACUUGCUUUUUUCUGAAGUAAAAAAAAAGCCUCAUAUAUUGCAACCUUUCUUCACAAGAGAGCUGCUCCGAUCGCUUGAUUAUUUCGGUUGCCCUUUCCUACAACUGCGAUAUUAUUAUUAUUAUUAUUAUUAUUAAUAAUAAUAAUAAUUAUGCAGUGACCGCAAGUGCACACAGUAUUCCAAGUGCGGUUGCAUUGUGAUAUCUGCAGUUUUAAUUUCAAUCCCCUUUUCCUAAUGUUCCCUAGCAUGGAAUUUGGCUUUUUCAAAGCAGCCACACACUGGAUCGACAGUUUAAUCAGGCUAGGCACCAUGCCUCCGAUAUUUGUUUCCCGAUAAGCCAUUGCAAACUGCACAGAGCAAACAUGUCUCUUUGUCUCCAGUUUCCAACCUGCUUCCAGCUCACUCACACACAACUCUGCCUAUUGUUCUGCUGUGUAGCAGCAGGGUGAGGAAUGGCCACCCAUUUGCUCUACGGCACAGAGCAACUUCUUUGGAUAUGUAAACUGCGGUACUUAACUUGCCAGCCAAAGUCAUCACCUUCACAAAGGAACUGGUUUGGCUGCUUCCCUCUGCCAUGCACACAGGAUGACAGGUUUAGAAAGGGCACAGGGUAUAAUCCAGAUUACCCACCCACCCCACAUACACAUUUCUCCUAACAAUGAGUUACAAACCCAAAACAGUUCCCUAGCGGACCCUGCAUGUUAUACCCCUCCGCGGUGAAAACUGUCCCUUUAUCCCUCCUCUCUGCUUCCUGUUCUUUCACUGGUUUCUGAUCCAUAAGACGACUUGUCUUCUUAUCCCAUGUCUGCUAAGCUUACUCAGAAUGAGCGGCUUUUAUCAGAAGCUUUUUGAAAGUAUAAGCGGCGGUAUGGAAGUAUAACCAACAAGUAAACAACUGCAUGAAAAUCAGACCUGCUGCAAGCAGCAAACAUGUGAAAGAAGCACAUGUACAAGGGGUGCAAGGAGGCCUGAAAAACCCACCCUGUGCUGAUCUGUGUUGAAGGGAAUCGGCACCGGGUGAGUUUUACAAGCACCUCUGCUCCCAUCUUUUGAAGCUCUGCUGGAAUUCCAAGGGUGCCCAUGUCUUGCAAAGCCUGCCUGGUGCUGAUCCUUUCCAUCUCUGAUCCAGAAGGUGAAAGGAUCACCACAGGGUGUGCUUUGCAGCACAUGGGAAGCCUUGGAAAUCCAGUGUAACUUCAAAGGAGGGACGUGGGGAUGCUCCCAGGGUGCAGAAGAAUUCGCCCCUUCUUCCACAUGCUGCUGUUACCUUGCUAAGUGACGGGGGUGGGUCUGGAUUUUUAAACUUACUGCAGCACCAGUGGGAGGGGGCCAAGGGGAGAAAUAAUUAUUUCUCCUCUUCCUGCUGUUGUACAGAGUCACCGGCAGGGGGGUUUGUUGCUUGAGGGAGGAGGAGGGGAUUUGUUCUCUAGCACCCACCCCAAGCACCUUUUGUUGUGUGUGUGUUUUAAAGAAAAUAAUAAAUUGUUAUUUAUACCCUGCCCUUCCCGAUUCAGAAAACUGGGCUCAGGGCGGCUAACAACAAAUUUAAAACACUCAAUUGAUGCAACUAAAAAUAGCAUAAAAUACAGUAAAAACGUGAAUAACAAUAAAUUCAGAAUUCAAAAAUCAAUUUAGGGGGGAAAUCCAUCCAAUAAACAUUGGAUGAUCAAAAGUGAUGGGCAGGCCUUGAGUCUGCCCCUCUUCACGAUUUGUAAUGGAAUUUAUUGCAUAACAUUCGAUAAAAUUUGUCACUUGAAGCUCACAGUCAGGGAGACGCACCGGCCACAAGUGGCAAAGCUGGAUCCAAGAGUGCAUACCUAAGCUACAUGCCUGCUCCUUCGGGGGCAGUUUGAGUCCUUCCAGAACAGGUUGUCUCCCCAGACUCCCCUGACUCAUGAAUAGCCCACCAACAGCACCACCAUCUCAUCAGGAUUCAACUUCAGCUUAUUGGCUUAUAGACCUCAUCCAGCCAAUUACUGCCACCAGGCACUGAUGGAGGUAAACAUGGAUAUACCUGCAGCAUCUUCAGAUCGCCUGCACUGAGAUCUUUGUGACCUUGUCAAUAACUCAGCCAGGCACGCUAUCUUAUCUCCCAACUAAUUGGUAUGCCUGGAACGAGUCGAGAAAAUUAGGGGAAUUAUGCAUGAGUUUAAAGCUAUUGUUGGUAGACGAUUUGCUUCCAUUGUCUCACAGGCAUUCUGCUUGUAUCCCGUGAAAGCAUGUGGGGUGUGUCAGCUCCUUUGCUGUCAAGCAGUAAUGGGCGAGUUCUUCCCAGACUGAUUUGGAAUGGAUUAACUAACUAAAACAAUUUCCAAGAUAAAUUGUUUUCAGUAGAUCGAAUGAUGUGCCAGGCUAAAGUUCAGGUCCACCAUGUUCCUGAUGGUGUUAUCUGAAGCAUCAUGGGGUCUAUAAACCUCCCCACACCAAAUCUUCUGCCAACAGCACCCUCUCCCUUUUCCUGAACUGUCUUUAUCUUGCUGCAGUGAGGGGCUCACAGCUGGAGCCUCUGCUAGACCCUAUGUGCUGCCAAGAGCUACUGAGAAUCAUGGGGACUAUAUGACUCCUACUGAAGAGUCCUUAUGCCCACCACUGACUAGUAAGUGUAAGUCAGGGGAAAGGCAGCAAUGGCAAAACCUCACCAGAUCUUUAGAUUAAAGCAAUCCCCUACAAGGCUCACCCAAAAUUAAGAGCUGACUCAGUAUCAGCUCACAGGAGUGUUGAGUUACUGAAAUUAAUAUUUCAAAUCACUUUCCCAAAUAAGUUUCAGUGCCACCGCUUAGCAAACAAUAUUUAUAGAUCCAGGAUGCAGAACAAGAACACCUGACUGAGACAUUUCUCAGGCUCUAAUUGGGAGGACAAAUUGGGGGUAAAGGACAAGGUGAAGAAAAAAAUAUAUCUGAACUCAACUGUAAGUUAAUGCCAGUUCACAGAAGUGAAGGGCAAUAUACAGAUGAUGGACACUAGACACAAGAGAAUGCCCAUCAUUUGCAGUGAAUACAGAAAAGGGGGAUCUUGAAUUUGCCAAGCUGAACAUCUCCAAAUGCUGGACACAGAUGAUAUUUCCUUUCCUUAAUUAGGCUGGUAACAGCUUGAAUCAAUAUUAACACAUGCAGAGACUGGCGAAUAAUUUCCCACCUGCAGCAAAUAUAAUGAUGUCCCCAAAGUCAACAUGACAACUGGCAUGAGGAAUGUUUCACAGCGGUCAGAAAGAUUAAUCAAUAUAAUAAGAGGUGUGAUUUUGUUUUGUUUUGUGUGUUUCUUCAUAAGCCACAGAAUGUGCUGCUGUGAGCUGCAUUCUACUGUUUAGUGCCAGCCAGGUAACAUUGGGUAGAACUUCAUCUGCCUUGAAGAACUAAAGUCACUGGGCCUUUUUGAUAACUGCUUUAGUGCUUUAUGCAUCCUAUUUCCACCAACAAUAUAAAAAGAUAGGAAGCUGCCCUCUGCUGAAUCUGACCAUUGUCCCUCUAGCUCAGUCUUGUCAACAUUGACAGGAUUUCAGAUGGCGUUGUCUCUCAGCCCUAUCUGGAGUUGCUGGGAAAUGAACCAGUGACCUUCUGCAGGCAAGGCUGAUGCCCUCCCAUUCAGCUAUGGCCCUUCCCCAAGAUAUGUGGUCAAUAUCUUUGUGAGGACGCUGGGCAAAUCUUUCUGCUGGACACUUCUGACUUAUUUAGGGGGAGCAGGUGGGACGCAAGUAGGUGUGCAGGUCCUACAAGUCCCCCACCACCAACAUGAGCAUCCUUGCCUUUCCCCAGGUUUGCUUGUUCCUAACUAGCUCUGACAUUCCUGAUUUUCUCGCCAAAUUGAAGAUGUUCUUUUUCCAUGCGUGCACGCACAAACACACACCAAUAUUACAAGGAGCCCAAGCACAGAGGCCGGGGGAAAGACACUUUAUCCAAACCCAGGCAGUAAGAGCAUCAGAGUGUGAUGAGCAGGCACCAUCAUAACUAAACACAUUGAGAUCCCACUCCUGCCACUAACUCAGGAGGAGAGCAAGGGGCAGUUGUGAGUACAGGCUUAGAGACUUGAAGGGUAAAGAAGGCAGCCAUGAGUUGCUUGGUAUAGGAGCUUCUCCCCCCUCCCCAGAGCUGCUUGCUUGCCUGAUUGAUUUUAAUAGAAGUUAUAUAAGGUAAAGGUAAAGGGACCCCUGACCAUUAGGUCCAGUCGUGACCGACUCUGGGGUUGCAGCGCUUAUAAUAAAAGACCUGUAAGCCGUUUACAAUAAACCGAUGUCCAUAAACAGACUCGCUCAUCAAAGCUUGAUGGCACAGUAGUAGCAAAAUAUAUUGUGCGCCUCCUACUACAUCCCAGGCUGCUUUCUUUCCUCAGAGCCUCAGCUACCCAGAAUUGACCGUCCUCGACAAGCGUCUCCCAGUCAGGCUCCUUCAGAGGACACGGCGCAAAGCCGACUGAAAACACCCCCGCUAAGCAGCAUCCUAGGGCAAAGGAAGCACGAGGUAACAGCACUGACGAUAGCAUUCGCUCUUCCUGCUGUCUCUGAUCCUGAUCUGACUCACACACGCACACCCCUCCUUCCCCAGUGUAGGUUAGAAUUCAGGUCAAGGUUAAGGGCUUCUCAUAUAAGCACUGGUUAAUCAAAGGGGCUCCACGUGAUAAUGAAAUUUUACCGAGAGUAAGCCAGCUUUGAUCCAGAGAACUGCACAUAUCAAUCCACGUGCCAAAGUGAGGUUUUGGGUUUCUUGAGUGCCACCCCCUCUCCUGAAUCCUCUUUUGAAAGUGAAAGAAACCUUAAAAGCCAAUUGUGAUAUGGCGUUGCUGUGCAUAAUAUACCGGGAUGUGCACAAAAGAUAAUGCUUCGUUCAGAGUCUGCUUCAGCACUUGAAAAACGAGGCCACUUCAUCUCAUAUUGCUUUGGGUAUCUUCAGUUUGAGUCAAAAGUAGAACCUCACUUUGGAAAUGUGAGGUUUUGUAUGUCCCUCUCCCCCAUUAACCAACAUAGGGAGAUGAAUAAAUAGUAUCUCAUUUUUACUUUUGGAUAGCAGUGGAUGAAACUUGUAGGCAUAUAGCCCCUUCUGAGGAAGUGAAGCCUACCAAAUUUCUGACAGAUGGGGGGGGCAGGGAGCUGUACAAAGGGAGUCAAUGGUUUUUCUGCAAGUAGUUUCACUCUCCCCAUCCCACACAUUGUGGGGGGGGGGGCAUUUGUAUGGAAAUGGACUAAAAGCCUAGACUUGUCCUUGGGUAAGUAACCUGCAGAAUCUCAGAUAGAUAGGUGCUGUGGUUAUGGGACUGAGGAGUUAGGAGGAAUGAAGACUUGUUCUGUUCUGCCCUUUGAAAGCAAUGUGAUUGGAAGGAGGAGAGGAGAGCCCAGGCAAUGUUAUUGCCUUGCUAUUGGAAGCUAGAACCUUCAGCUACAAAACUAUACUAUACCUCCACUGCCUCCUACCUCCUCUACCUGCCUCAUACUUUAAGAGCUUGGAAAGAAAAUGUAAGCAUUUCUAAGAAAUACUACGAGACUCGCUCUCUAAGAUGGAUCAAAGGAGCGUCACAACUCACUUGCAGCCAUUUUGGAGAAGUCCUGCUUUGCCAUAGCCUGAAUCCCUCCAUCAGCACUUCCAAGCUCCUUGCCUGAUCACAAAAUGACACCACAACUCCUCUGUUUAUAUUACAGCUGUAUUUCUAGGGUUUCCAAAUCUUGAUACCUCUUUGGAAGCAGCCUCACUAGAUCAGAACCAGCAGCAUUCACAUCUGCCUACUGGCCCAGAAAAAUGCAGAUAAUGUCAGUAGGGGUGAUCUCAAGGUUCACUCUAAAUCUUUUGUUGACCAGCUAGGGGUGUGUGUAUGUGUGUGUGUGUGUGUGCACGCGUGCAUUAAAACAAAUAAAUGAAUUUAGGAUUCCAAGGGGGCAGGUAUACCCCUUGCCCUGCCCUGCCCUGCCCCCCAUGAUUUGUGUUGCUUUUUAAACAACAACAAUCAAACAUCUCCCCUUAAGAAGAAUAUUAGCACAGAAAAGCUAUAACCAUUCUUGCUGGUGUGCAGCUUGUUCUGUGGUGUGUGUUUUUUUACCGUGGGGUGAGCAUUCAGAAAUGGCGCCACCUGAAGCGAUACAAUCCUCCGGACUUUGCCAGCUCCUUCUUGCUAUAUUUGUGAACCAGGCCUCACUCUGCCUCCGACUGACAGAUAUGACAGCUCAUGCGUCUUUCUUUCUUUCUUUCUUUCUUUCUUUCUUUCUUUCCUUGUCCAAUUUUGACACCAGAGCUUUUUCAAACACAAUCUGGAAGAAGAAUUCCUGCAAAGAAUAGCUAGGAGGACAGUCCGCCGACAUCUGUUUGGAGAAAUCAAUCCCCACAAAGUCAACCGGUUCGGGGCAGGCUGUUCACCUUUCCAUGCGCUGGCAACUACGGUAUGUAACACAUGCUUCUAGAGCCCCUUGGCUUACCUGCUUUUCUGACAGGCUUGCCUCUAGUCCUUUGUUGGCCUUUUACAGCUGUCUCUUGAGUUGACAUGUGAGUUUCAUUACAUACAUAAUUAUUACAGUUUGUUAUUUGAUAACCUGAGCAGGUCAAAACUCCUAGCGUCAUGUUAUCAUAUUAGUCUCAUGAAUCUUUGGUGCUUAGCAUGUUAGGCUAUUACUAAAGCAAGUGUGCCUAUCUGCGUGGCAGACAUCACUUAGCCUAGAAGCUUGGCCCAGAGCAAGAGUUCUGUGUCAGGCCCCUCAUAAAAAUGUAGUUCUCCUUCCUCUCUUCCAGCCCUCUUACUUUAAAUCUGUUGCUUUAUGGCACUACAGCCCAGCCACAUGAAAUGCAAGUCGCGUUGAUUUCACUGGGACUUUGAGUUAGUGCUCUCAGAAUGGCAGUUUGAUAGAUUUAUGAAAGAUUUAGAAAACUUAUUGAUUGGAAUAUUUGUGUGAGAUUGUAUGGGAAAAAUACAGAAUAACAGAUACAAUCUUGCUUAAAAUGUAUAUAGGAAGUGCAGUGUAAGCGAUGGAAGUCAAUCAAUUAAAUUUUAUUAUUAUUUUCAUACUGAGAUAUUUGUAGAAUAAAUUUGGAAGAAAUUCUUCCAACUUUUCUUCUUCUUUGUUUCUCUUUAUUUUUUCUUAUCUUUUCUUUUCUUCUUUUUUCCUCUUUUCUUCUUUUUUAUAUAUGUGUGCUUAUCUGAAAUAUAUAUGUAUGUAUUUGCGAUAUUUUGCUUAUAUUUUGUAAUAAUUAUGUUAAAUAAAUUAAAUAAAAAGAAAGGAAGAAAAAGAGAGUUGCUUCCCACCGUCGGCUGUGAGCAGACUUCCACAAUUUACAGUUCACGUGAGCAGCCUAGCUGUGUGAACGGAGCAAUAAUACUGAAUCUGCAUACUCAAACAAAAUGGCAUCUCCAGUUCUGUAAAAGAGAAAAUUCUGAUCCCCUCCUCCCUGUGCACAGGAGUUGUGAGUUUGCAGCUCCAUGGUUAUGUACCAUGCUUACACAAGUAGGCCGGUCUUCUGCAGGAAUGAGCCAACAGUUCUGCAUGGAAACAGAUGGUAAAAAUGCAUUUGACUUCAAACGCACCCUUUCUCUUCUCUUCCAUAUAUAUAUAUAUGCUUUUCUAGAUGUUCCCCAACCAAGAGCUAAACUAGAUACCUGCACUAUAAAUUAAAGCAGGAUCAUGCCACUUAAAACAGUUGUGGCUGCCCCCAAAGAAUUUUGGGAACAGCAGGCUGUUAGAAGACCCUUGCUCCCUCUCAGAGCUACAGUUUCCAGAGUGGUAUAACAAUUAACCCCCGCUUCCAAGGAAACUCUGGAAAUUGUAGCUCUGCGGUGGGGAAUAGGGAUCUGCUAACAACUAUCAGCAGCCUUAACAAACUCAAAUCCCCUGGAUUCCUUGGGUGAAGCCAUCACUGGCUAAAACAGUAUGAUGAUGCUUUUAAUGGAUAGUGCAGAUAGGGCCAUAGUAAUCACCUGGGUGCAAAUAAUGUGUGCUUUCCUCCCUUUUUUGCUAUGCAAAUAGCAGCCCCAGGGAAGUCUGAGCAGCCUUUAGAGUAUAGACCAAGGGGCUAGUGAGACUGGGGGGGAGACCACUAGCAUAAGAGCAUAAAUAGUCCUGCUGGAUCAGUCCUAUGGCCUAUCUAGUUCAGCAUCCUGUUCUCUCAGUGGCUAAUCAGAUACCCACAGGAAGCCUGCAGGAACCACUCUCCCCUUCUGUGGUUUCCAUCAACUGGUAUUCAAGAACCAUGAAGGCAGAGCAUAGACAUCAUGGCCAGUAGCCAUUGAUAGCUGUAUCGUCCAUGACAAUCCCAAAAAAAGGAACACCACUCCAAAGCUGCUAUUUCUAUUUCAAGGAAAGAUCAGGCUUUUAACUGCACAUUAAAUUGCAUUCAUGGAAUUAGCAUAACGUCUACUCUGACCCUAACUGGCUGUAAGCAGCUCAGAAUAGGGAUUUGCACUCUAUACGCAUUGAUCAUGCUAUGUCCUCCAUCACGAUCCUCCCUUCAAAUAUGGCCUCUGCAAUCCUUUGUAGGAGAUGGAGACUUUCACCUUGCCCAGCAACUUACCCAUGACUGCACGGAUGGUGAGCAAGGGAAUCGUUUGCACCUCAGAGUCCGACUUAAAGUCCAUGCAGCUGACAUUCCCAGAGCUGGACGAAGUGUCUGCAGAAGAGCCCAAGGCAGGUGACAGGAAGAAACCACCGGAUCAAACCAAAAAGGCUAAGCUGCCCCCCUUGGUUAAAGCUUCAAGAUCUCGCCUCUCUGAAAACAAGAAGACUUCAGGUUGCCGUCUUCCCUCGGUUCCUGCUGUAAUUGCAUCUGCAUCACUAAAGUGGGGAAAGUUUUAA